AUGUUUGGCUCAAUUUUUGUAUUGUCGUCUCUCAUUGCAUUGCCAGGAGUCCUCGGAGCCGCUACAGCGCCCGGAUCUAGCUCUCGAGCUGUGGCAUGUGUCAACUCUCCUUCAACACGGUCGUGCUGGAGCGACGGCUUCGACAUCUCAACGAACUACUAUGAGUCUGUUCCCGAUACGGGCGUCACUCGAGAAUACUGGUUCAACAUCGAGAACGGCACUGCUUCCCCAGAUGGAGUCGAAAUACCAGUACAGACCAUUAAUGGAUCUCUUCCAGGACCUACAAUCAUGGCAGAUUGGGGUGACUGGGUUGUGGUGCACGUUACAAAUGCUCUUCAGACUAAUGGAACAUCUCUCCAUUUCCACGGCAUCAGGCAAAAUUGGACGGACUACAUGGAUGGUACUGCCAGCGUUACGCAGUGCCCAAUCGCCCCAGGUGACUCUUUCACAUACAAGUGGCGAGCGACCCAGUACGGAAGUGGCUGGUACCACAGCCAUUUCUACGUUCAAGCCUGGGAUGGCGUCUUCGGUGGCAUUGUGAUCAACGGCCCAGCAACGGCUAACUACGACGAGGAUCUCGGCAACUUGUUCUUGAACGAUUGGUACCAUGACACGGCAGACAAUCUAGUUCUCGAGGCUGCCACUGGAGGGCCACCGACUGCUGUCAACGGCCUCAUCAACGGUACCAACACGUAUAAUGAGUCAGGAUCCCGAUUCGAAACGAGCUUCGAGGCUGGGAAACGGUAUCGACUGCGGCUUGUCAACGCUGCGGCAGACCAGCACUUCCGUUUUAUGAUCGACAACCACACGCUGGAGGUUAUCUCCACGGAUUUUGUUCCCAUUGUACCGUAUAAUACAACAGAUGUGUCUAUUGGUAUGGGUCAGCGAUACGACGUGAUUGUGGAGGCGAAAGACUUGACCGAAGGGAACUUUUGGCUCCGUGCCAUUCCACAGGAGACAUGCUCCGAGUUCAGUGACGGGGAUAACGUCAAGGGCAUCGUCCGUUACGGCAACUCGACUGAAGAUCCGGCUACCUCCGCUUAUUCUUAUACCGAUUCGUGCGAUGAUGAGGAUUCGACCAAUCUGGUUCCAUAUCUCUCCAUCGAUGUAACUGAUGCUGCCGAUAUUGAAACCUCUUCAGACGCCGGCCUUCAAGUUGCCGACAACGCCCUGCUCUGGACUAUGGGUGGUUACUCCUUUUAUUCGGAAUGGGAAUACCCUACUGUUCUCCAAGUCCUUGACGGCAACGAUACAUGGGAUGAACAGCAACGUAUCAUCGAGCUCCCCGAUGCUGAUCAAUGGGUGUAUUUUGUUAUCUCCUCGGCGUUUGCCCAAGCACACCCCAUGCACUUGCACGGACAUGACUUCUGGGUACUUGGUUCCGGAUACGGCAAGUUCUCGAACACGACGAGCAACCUGACCUUGACCAACGCCCCACGCAGAGACGUCGUUAUGCUGCCUGCCAGUGGAUGGGUCGUGAUCGCUUUCAAGACCGACAACCCGGGUGCAUGGCUAAUGCACUGUCAUAUCUCUUGGCACACAUCUGAAGGCUUCGGAGUUCAGCUCCUCGAACGUGAGUCUGAGAUGCGGAUCUCACCCGAUGUGUUGGACUAUGAUGCGAUCAACAGUACCUGCGCGGCAUGGAAUUCGUACGCGGCAGCCCAGGAAGUUGUGCAACACGACAGCGGGAUCUGA